AUGAACAUCUCCUAUGUCAUGUCAGACCCCAACUGCUCCUUUCCCACUGGUGGCUCCUGCAUCUGCUCUGGCUCCUGGAAGUGAGAGUGCAAAUGCACCUCCUGGAAGCAGAGUUGCCGCUCCUGCUGCCCUGAGGGCUGUGCCAAGUGUGCCCAGGGCUGCAUCUACAAAGAGGCAUCAGAUACUUACAGCUGUUGUGCCUGA